AAAAAUGCUAUAGUAGGCUAGACAUGGCAGAUGCAUGUUACAUAAGAAUUCCCAUUACUGCCAAAGUGUAAUAGCCUACUUCACUAAUACUGCCCAGCCAUGGUUUACUGAAUUAUUAUUAUUAUUUAAUGUGCCUAUAAUAUUGUACCUGAAAUAAUACAUAGGCUACUUUAAUUGAAUUGCUAUUUGCUGGUAACCAAAUGUGUGGUUACGUUGGCAGACUUGAUGUUAUAGAACAAAAACAUACAAUUACAUUGCAAGGGUUGAACACCAUUUGAAGUAGCCUAUAGGCCUAUAUUUAUUUCUCACAAAAAUUAUAUUUAUCUUGCUAUGAUAUCACCCUCACUAACUUGUAUCAGCAGGGAAUCUGUUGUACCCAACAAAUAUCACUACAUCUAGAAUCCUACAGGGGAGAGCCUUAUCAGUAAAUUGCCAGCAAUGAUAGUAAUCCAAUGGUGUAGGCUACUUGUGAUUCAAGGAUAACUGUAUUAGGACUCAAGACAGUAGACAGACAGUAUUCAAAUUAAGUCUCUAAUCUCUUUCAAUACUCUUUUUAAAGUCUAUUUAAAUAGGAAUUCAUUACGGUUUACAAAAUAACAUUCCUAUUGUAAAGAAUAUGGUAAUAUAUAAUACACAAUAACCCAUAUCUAUCAAUUAAUCACUAACAUGUAAGCUGUGGCGAUGGCACACCAUUUGGACUGUUUUACUUAUUUCCCCCUAACUCUUUGCUAUGUCGGUUUUGAAUUACAGACCCUGGUUGCUGUGGAAACGCCAGCGAAACCCAGAGUUAAUGUUAGAGUGAGAGAAGACAAGGCAGGACCAUAGAGAAGAAUGGCAGAUAAAGACUUCAGCACAACACUGGCUUACACCCAAAGUCCGAAGGUGUCGAGGAGAACAACUUUUCAGGAUGAGCUGGAGGCGGCUGUUUCUGCUAGAGCAAGUAAAAAGAAGACUGACCAAUACUCCUAUUCAGAUGACUUUGAUGAAGAUGGUGAUGAAGAUGAUGUGUUGAAAGAACUUCUCAAUUCAAGAAAAAAGAGAAUCGAUGCCUUCAAGGCGGGAAAGAAGAAAGCCAAGAUCAACGACUUCAACCUGUCAGACGACGAGGAGGAAAACGAAAGGCCGAAGAGAGUGUCAUUCAUGAAGAUGCGAAAGGCCACUUCCCCCUUACAAGAUUUGGCGACACCUGAUCCACACAAAAAUGAGCAAACAGACGGCUUCAUUGGAGGUAGCAGCGACCAGAAGGAUUCGGACUCCUUACCCUCAUUGCACUCUAAAAGCCCUCACCAAGACUACACAGAAUCCUCGGCGUCACAGAACAGUCAGUUGAAAUAUCCUCUUUCCCUACCCUCGCAACCAAGUCAAACAGAAUCCCCAUUACAACCAACUUCGGAGAACAACAGCCAUUGGGAUUCCCCCUUGCCCCUGCCAGCUAAUGGUGGUCUGUUGGAGAGCAAAGAAUCGGGGACUGGAGGAGAAGGAAAACCAGCUACUCCACAGCCAUUACAUAGACUUGUCAAAUGUGCAUCCUUGACAGACAGCGUUGUCGAGAAUGAGCCGCCCAGACCCAAACCCAGGCAGAGGGCCCUGAGGGUGAGCAGUCAAACCGAGGCGGAGCCUGUCGCCGUCGACAAGGAAACUCCUCCUAGCAGACCCCCCACCUCCUCUGUAUCCAUCUCCCUUUCCUCUACUGACCAGGGCGAAAUGGCCAGCACCCCUACCACUUCAUCCUCUAGCAAAACAACCGGCAGGAGUCAUAGUCCACACGGCCCUGAAGGAGACCACUCCAUCUCAUCUAAACUCCGCAAGUCAUCCUCUUCAGCCGUAGGUUGGCAGUCAGACUCCCUGUACAAAUCUACUGACGGCUCCUGGAGUAGAGAUGGACAUAUUUCAGAAGACAGCAAGGCAAAGGAUGGAAAAUACUCCACAUCGUUUGAAGAAUAUCAAGAUGAUUCAGAGGAUCACCCAGAUCAUAUAAGCAGACUCAGCCAUGUGACUGAGAAAUCUAUCGACACCAGGCCCUCAAGUUCUCUGACAAAAAGCUCCCGAAAGUCACAGAGUGUGUGUUCGUACACAGCAGAGUCCAAAUACUUGGGGUCGCUGAAAGUUCUGGAUCGUAAAGUGCAGCUAAAGGAAGCAGAGCCCGAAGCUGCAGAUUCUCUUAGGGCGGCCAUAUACCAGGAAUGGCUGAAAAAGAAAAGGGAGAAGUUCCAAGAGACAAUGCAAAUAAAGAAACGGGAACAAACGUUGAAGGAAGAGAAGAGGAAAAAGGAUGAGCAAGCUAAGAUUGACGACGCCAAGGCCUCUUAUGAGGCUUGGAAAGAAAAGAAAACAGAAGUAAUCAAAGCAAAAGUCAAAGAAAAGCAAGACGUGAUCAAAAAGAAGCAAAGAGAAAUUUAUGAACAAGAAGAGAAAAAGGAAUCAGCUAAAAAGGUUUUUGUAAAGUGGAAGCAGGGGCAUGAUGAACUUCUCAAAGAGAAAUACAGGAAACAGAAGGAGGUUGAAAAUAAACUAAAACAGAAGAAAGAAGAGAAGGAAGAGGAGAGAAAGAGAGAUUCCAUGUCUGCCAUUUCUAAUUGGAAUGAAAGGAAGAAGGAUGUUGUCCAUGAAAAAGUGAAAACGGAGCGUCGGAAAGAGAAGAUCAAAGAGGAGGAGGAGAGAUACGAAAAAGAAGAGAAGGAUAGGAUGGCCUUGGAGAUGUAUGAAAAAUGGCUGAGAAGGAAAGAACGCCAACAGACAAGACAGAGGAAGGAGAGACUGAUAGAAGCUAUUCUGCAAGACGAUCCACCUCCCCCUUGGAGUCCACCCAGUAAAACUGUGCCCUUUGGAAAAUAAUCCCUGCACAGCCUAUGGAUUUAUAUCGCUGACCCUAUUCAUAUUUAGAUUGUUGUAUGUUUUUAUCAUGACUGAAAUUGUGUUAUUUAUGAAAUUGUACAAAAUUCUAUAGAAUGAUUUUUGGAA